AUGGGAAAUGACGGCAACCAGUUGUCGCCCGAUGAAGGGGGAACGUCCAAGAGUGGUCGUGGCCUGUUGAAGGUGCCUUCGAGAUCCUCAUCGCAACAACGAAACCAGUCCUCGACCGCUUCCACUGGCCUGAGUGGUGCGACUGUUACCGAUCAAAGAAGUAGUAUUGAUGGCCGGUCUAAAGAGUCACGAGGCAGUGUGCCUGGGAGGCAAAGAAAUGGUAGUGCUUCAACAAAUCGAACUGGUGGCGGUAGCGAGCGUGGGCACAAUCCCGGCAGCUUCCAACCGAGCUCACCGUCUACUAGCGAGCAGAAACGCAGACGAAAGAAGAAUGGAGGGCUCUUAUCGUUAUUGGGUUGUUGUGGCGUUCCUGACACCGCCAAUACACUGGAAGAAGACGAAAGCGUGAAUGUUCAGAAAGUCGAAAAGCUUUCCCCGCGGCCAGCUACUGCAAAGUCGAGACCGCAUGCUGCUCAGGAGCAGCAACCCGGAAAGCCACUGAACGAAAAGGAACCUAGCCAGAGCGUUCCUUCUCUCGAUGAAACCGAAAACCAACCCUCAAGCAGCACACAGGAGCCCCAAUCAAGCCCCGAGCAAGCAAAGAACGAAUCGAAACAACCUGUGCCCCCUGCUGUAACUGUGGAUUACCCGCCUCGAUCGCCGGAUGAGGAUGCGGAGUCCCCAGAUAUGGCCGAGGCAACCAAUGCUGGCGACGUGGAAAUGCAAGACGAGGGGAAAGAGGAGACUGAAGAGACGCCAGUUUUGGAGGAUUCAGAGGACUCGCAACCGCGAACGAUACCACCACCUCCCGCAGCUUCCGGACCUGCAGCUGUCUCCACCGUUCCCGUAGCGGAGACUGGAGCCUCUGCUCCUGAGCCACAAUCCUGGCUUCUACCUCCAAUUGCAGCAGAGCACCAAGGCCGGAAGUGCCUUGUUUUGGACCUAGAUGAGACUCUUGUUCACAGUUCAUUCAAAAUUCUUCACCAAGCGGACUUCACAAUACCUGUGGAAAUUGAAGGCAAUUACCAUAAUGUUUACGUUAUCAAGCGACCUGGCGUAGAUGAAUUCAUGAAGAGAGUGGGUGAGCUUUACGAAGUCGUAGUCUUCACGGCGUCUGUCUCUAAGUACGGCGACCCUCUAUUGGAUCAGCUGGAUAUUCACAAGGUGGUCCAUCACCGAUUGUUCCGAGAGAGCUGCUACAACCAUCAAGGCAACUACGUGAAAGACUUGUCACAAAUUGGGCGAGACCUUAAAGACACCAUCAUCAUCGACAACUCGCCAACCUCCUAUAUAUUUCACCCACAGCAUGCUGUCCCAAUCAGCAGUUGGUUCUCCGAUGCUCAUGACAACGAAUUAUUAGAUCUUAUCCCUGUUCUUGAGGACUUGGCUGGCCCCAACGUUGCAGACGUCAGCCUGGUCCUUGAUGUCACUCUUUGA